UCCCAGCUCCAGUAGAAAAUCCAGCUGAAAACCCAAUCCCGGUGCAAAAUGCGACACCAGCUAAAAAUUCAAUUUUGAUGCAAAACCAAGUCCCAGCACCCAUUCCCGAAGAUGACCUCAUUUCGUUCAAUGAAAACUCACCGACGCACCAGCCAAUCCAGCUGAGAGAGGCAAACGAAGAAUGGUUUGAUUUAAUGGAAAAACUUGAUGAUAAUGAACCUAGUGAUUCAGAAUAUGACACAGCUGAUGAAGAACCUGACGUCUAUUUUGAAAAAAUUAAUGAUUCCUAUAUUAAUAGAAUAACAGAAACUGAAAAAUUUAAUGAAGGUGAGAAAAGAUUGUUAGCUUUAAAGGGUGAAUUAAAGCAUGAAACAAUAGAAAUUAUAAGAGAAGAUCGAAUUGGAACUGUUAUAGAAAAAGAAUAUAAUGAAAUUAUAGAUCAGAUUGAGGAUGAAGCAAUACAAGAAUCAGGUUGGUCAUUUGUUCGAGCAGAAGAG